AUGCCCUUCUGGCGAAGACGAGGCCAGGCGAAGGCCAACCAAAAUGCAGCUCACGACUCCACAACAGCAGCCAGCAACACUAACAACCCCCCAAUAACGAAGGAAGACCGCCGUCUGAGUAGUUUGGUUGGCGAACACAAGGAUCAGAAGGAGGAACAUUUGGGCGAUGCUGGCGAUGGCGCUAAACAGGUCGUCUUGGUGCCUGCAGCUGCCCAUGGAGCCUCUCCGACUACCACCAUGGAGGCGCGGCCUUCGCUUUUGAGGCGAACAAUUUCGAGCAUCUCGACGAAAGUCUUUGCAAAGAUGAGAUCAGAUAGCAGCAAAGUCGCAGGACAGCAGACAAACCCAGAUGGGCAGGCGGGCAUUGCGAAGACAACAAGCGGGGGUAAACAUCCAAAUGAAACACCGGCUUCGGCUGAGACGGAUCAUGUACAUAGGAGAGGUUUCCACGGGUUCCGCAGUCGCUUUCACACGACCCAUCACGCGCCUGCAGCUCAAGCAGCCCCUGCCCAGUACGGCGCUGCUGACCACGGACUGCACCUGCCGCUGCAUCUGCGUCAUAUUCAUUUUCCCCACCUUCUGCACCACACCGCGCAGCAUAGCGGCACUUCGAAUGGAGAGCGGGAGACGGACGUCAUGAUGGUGCUUCAGGCGGCCGCGAGUCGGGCAACAAAAAUCGUCGAACGCGCAAGAGGAGAGCGCGAAGUCCUGAUGGAAAGAGCUCGUGAAGAGGCCGAACAGGAAAUCAAAGAGCUCAGACGUCAGCUCGAAGAACAAGCCCUGAAAGAUCAGGAAAAAGAUAACGGAGAAGACGCCCUCCGCGCGGCACUUGCGGAAGAGGACGCCCGGAUGCGCCAUAUACUUGAGCAAGCUCCUGAGCAUAUGGAAGCUUCUGUAUCCCUAUGCGUGGCCCACGUUCUCAACGUCGACACAUCCCUAGCUCCAGACCGCCGGGGAGCGCUGCGCAAUUUGAGCAAGAAUCCUCCAAGUUUCCUUCGGAAGAGCAACGCUAAGAGCUACCCGUCAGAGCGUAGAGUGCAAGCAGACCGCAUCACGAAGGGCAAACGGAACAUGCAUGUUUGGGACUUUUCUUGGAAUGCCGAUGGUCCCGACUAUCAACUCGUUGACAACACCUCGCCAGAGCAAGAAGAUCUGUAUGCUACAAUACUGGGCGACCGGACACUGAAGGAAGGCGAAGAAGUUCAGAUUGAUUUCGACGAAUUGGAGGCGCCUGCCCCCCUUGGGCGUUUUUCAUCGGCCAUGCAAAGUAUUCAUACCACAUGCGGUUGCCUUCUUGGAUAG